AUGACCGACAAGAAGGAUCUGCCCAAGAUUCGCGAUGAGGAGCGAGAGCGCCGCUUUGGUACCGUCUUUGGUGUCUCCGGUCCCGUCGUUGUCGCCGAGAACAUGAUCGGAUCGAGCAUGUACGAGCUGGUCCGUGUCGGCCACGAUGAGCUCGUCGGAGAGAUUAUCAGAAUCGACGCCGAUAAGGUCACGAUCCAGGUCUACGAAGAGACUUCGGGUGUUUCUGUCGGUGACCCUGUGCUCAGCACUGGCAAGCCUCUCUCUGUCGAGCUCGGCCCCGGUCUCAUGGAGAACAUCUACGAUGGCAUCCAGCGUCCUCUCGAAGGCAUCAUGAAGAAGAGUGGCGGUAUCUACAUCCCCAGAGGUAUCAACACCCAGGCGCUCGAUCGUCAGCUCUCGUGGGAUUUCACGCCUGGUCAGCUCAAGAUCGGAGACCACAUCAGUGGAGGUGACAUCUUUGGUUCGGUGUAUGAGAACGCGUUGCUCAAGGACCACAAGCUCAUGCUCGGCCCUCGUGCCAUGGGCACUAUCACUCACAUCGCCGAAAAGGGCUCCUACUCGGUCGACGAUGUCGUACUCGAGACGGAGUUCCAGGGCAAGAAGCAAAAGCACACCAUGCUUCAGAUCUGGCCCGUACGAGCUCCUCGCCCAGUCGCCGAGAAGCUCACUGCUAACAACCCGCUGCUUACCGGUCAGCGUAUCCUUGACUCGCUCUUCCCCUGCAUCCAGGGUGGUACCACGGCCAUCCCUGGUGCUUUUGGCUGUGGUAAGACCGUCAUUUCCCAGGCUCUGUCCAAGUAUUCCAACUCGGACAUCAUCACAUACGUCGGUUGUGGUGAGCGUGGAAAUGAGAUGGCCGAAGUCCUUGCCGAGUUCCCGGAGCUUACGCUCAUGAAGAACGACGAGGAGUUCCCCAUCAUGAAGCGAACGACCUUGGUGGCCAAUACUUCCAACAUGCCUGUGGCUGCACGUGAGGCUUCCAUCUACACUGGUAUCACUCUUUCCGAGUACUUCCGUGACCAGGGUUACAACGUUGCCAUGAUGGCCGACUCGACCUCACGCUGGGCCGAGGCUCUGCGUGAGAUUUCGGGUCGUCUUGCCGAGAUGCCUGCCGAUUCAGGUUAUCCUGCCUACUUGGGUGCCAAGCUCGCCAGUUUCUACGAGCGUGCUGGUCGUGUCGCCUGUCUUGGUUCGCCAGAGCGUGAAGGUUCGGUCUCGAUCGUCGGUGCAGUAUCGCCUCCCGGUGGUGACUUUUCGGACCCGGUCACAUCGGCCACUCUGGGUAUCGUGGGUGCUUUCUGGGGUCUCGACAAGAAAUUGGCACAACGUAAGCAUUUCCCCUCGGUUAACUGGGAUGUUUCCUACUCCAACUACAUCAACGCGCUCGAGCCUUACUACGAAAAGAACCGUCCCGGCUUCAUCGCUCUGCGAACGACCGCCAAGAGCAUGCUUCAGAAGGACUCGGAUCUCGCUGAAAUUGUGCAGCUUGUCGGUAAGUCGGCGCUCGGCGAGGGUGACAAGGUGACGCUCGAUGUAGCCAAGAUCAUGAAGGACGACUAUCUGCAGCAGAACGGUAUUUCCGAGUACGACGCCUACUGCCCAUUCUACAAGACGUCGGGCAUGCUCAAGAACAUUGUCGACUUCCACAACCACGCACAGGCUGCCAUUGCCAACAACCCGGAUAUGACCUGGGCUAAGGUCAAGGAGCACUGCUCAGACGUCAUCUAUCAACUCACUCAGCAGAAGUUCGAGAGCCCCAAGGAUGGCGAGGAGGCCAUCACCAAGAAGUUUGACAAGCUCAACCAGGAUAUCGCUGAGGCAUUCCGCACUCUCACCGAUUGA